ACACUCCUAAAAAGGGAACGAAGCUUCCUAACACUUUCUACGAAAACACAAAAGCAAUUUACUUUACAUUGCUCUCUCUGCACUUCAGUUGUCACAUUGCGUCGGUUACUCCAACAAUCGUCACAGAAGAUGAGUGGUGAAGAAAAUGUGAAAACGUCGCCGUAUAGGCGGCAUCAGAAUAGUAAUGAGGAUUUGGAAGCUGGGAUUAAUGGCAGCAGUAGCAGGUCUAUGGAUUGUGGUGGAAGUCCUUUUGAUAUUCCAAGGACUAAGAGUGCUCCUAUUGACCGCUUGAAACGCUGGAGGCAAGCUGCGCUUGUCCUUAAUGCUUCUCGUCGAUUUCGAUAUACCUUGGACUUAAAAAAGGAAGAAGAAAGAAAGCAAUUGAUUGCUAAAAUUAGAACCCAUGCCCAAGUUAUUCGGGCAGCUGUUCUUUUUCAAGAAGCGGGGCGAACAGUCAAUGGGGAUGGGGCUCUUAAGACGUUGCCUCCAACUACUACCUCCCUUGGCGAGUUUGAUAUCAGCCUAGAGGAGCUGGCAUAUAUGUCUAGAGAGCACGACGUCCCUGCUUUGCAGCGAUGUGGAGGGGUUAAAGGGGUGUCAGAGAAGUUGAAAACAAGUUUAGAUAAAGGAAUUGAUGGAGAUGAAGUAGAUCUGCUGAAACGGAAGAAUGCAUAUGGAUCCAACACAUAUCCUCGGAAGAAAGGGAGGAGUUUCUGGAGGUUUGUCUGGGAAGCUUGCUGUGAUACAACCCUGAUUAUUUUGAUGGUAGCCGCAGCUGCAUCAUUGGCGCUGGGCAUAAAGACUGAGGGUAUAAAAGAAGGAUGGUACGAUGGGGGAAGCAUUGCUUUGGCAGUGAUUAUUGUCAUAGUUGUGACAGCUGUUAGUGACUAUAAGCAAUCACUUCAGUUUCAAAAUCUUAAUGAAGAGAAGCAGAACAUACAAAUUGAGGUUGUUAGAGGUGGGCGGAGAAUUCCCGUUUCAAUAUUUGAUGUAGUUGUUGGUGAUGUUGUGCCUCUGAAAAUUGGUGACCAGGUACCUGCUGAUGGAAUAUUAAUCUCGGGUCACUCUCUUGCAAUUGAUGAAUCAAGCAUGACAGGAGAGAGCAAGAUUGUUCACAAGGAUUUAAAAUCACCUUUCCUUAUGUCUGGAUGCAAAGUAGCCGAUGGCUAUGGAACGAUGCUGGUGAUAGGCGUUGGAAUAAACACAGAAUGGGGAUUGUUGAUGGCAAGCAUUACAGAGGAUAAUGGAGAGGAAACACCAUUGCAGGUCCGUCUGAAUGGGGUGGCAACCUUCAUUGGUAUAGUUGGUCUCACUGUAGCUUUAGCUGUUCUGAUUGUCCUUAUGAUCAGAUUCUUUACUGGGCAUACUUAUAACCCAGACGGCACUGUUCAAUUCAAAGCUGGGAAAACAAGGGUUGGCAAGGCUGUAGAUGGAGCUAUAAAGAUCUUCACUGUUGCUGUUACUAUUGUGGUUGUGGCAGUGCCAGAAGGACUUCCUUUGGCAGUUACCCUAACGCUUGCCUAUUCAAUGAGGAAAAUGAUGGCAGAUAAGGCUUUGGUGAGAAGGCUUUCUGCUUGUGAAACUAUGGGCUCUGCAACUACAAUUUGCAGUGAUAAAACUGGAACCUUGACUUUGAAUCAGAUGACUGUGGUUGAGGCAUAUGUCUGCGGUAAAAAGAUUGAUCCACCUGAUGAUAGAUCUGCAGUGCCUCCAACUGUGUUGUCUCUACUCCAUGAAGGAGUAGGACUGAAUACCACUGGAAGCAUUUUUGUGCCACAGGGUGGUGGUGCUGCUGAGAUUUCUGGAUCGCCGACAGAGAAAGCUAUUCUCCAAUGGGCUGUCAAUCUAGGGAUGAAUUUUGAUGCAGUACAAUCAGAAGCAUCCAUUAUUCAUGCUUUCCCAUUCAACUCAGAGAAAAAAAGAGGUGGCGUUGCUGUGAAGCUGCAUGAUUCUGAGGUUCACUUGCACUGGAAAGGGGCGGCUGAGAUUGUUCUCUCUUGUUGUACAAGUUUCAUUGAUGAGAAUGGGUCGGUGGUUCCUCUGGGUGAUGAUAAGGUGUCACAUUUCAAGCAAUCCAUCAAUGACAUGGCAGCAUCAAGUUUGCGAUGCGUUGCUAUUGCCUACAGACAAUUUGACGUUGAGAAAGUUCCCAACGAAGAAGAAGUAGAGCAAUGGCAAAUACCUGAGGGUGAUCUGGUAUUACUUGCCAUUGUUGGCAUUAAGGAUCCAUGCCGCCCAGGUGUAAGAGAUGCAGUUCAAUUAUGUAGUGAUGCUGGAGUGAAGGUAAGAAUGGUCACUGGUGACAACUUACAAACAGCAAGAGCAAUAGCUUUGGAAUGUGGGAUUCUUAAGUCUGAUGCUGAUGCAACUGAACCAAACCUGAUUGAAGGGAAGAGGUUUAGAGCUUUAUCGGAGGAAGAUAGAAAGGAAGUGGCAGAGAAAAUAUCGGUUAUGGGAAGAUCUUCUCCUAAUGAUAAGCUCUUGCUUGUUCAAGCACUAAGGAGUAAGGGCCAUGUUGUAGCUGUAACUGGCGAUGGCACUAAUGAUGCUCCUGCACUACAUGAGGCCGAUAUUGGUCUUGCUAUGGGCAUUCAAGGAACAGAAGUUGCCAAAGAAAGUUCAGAUAUCAUCAUCCUGGAUGACAAUUUUGCUUCUGUUGUGAAGGUUGUCCGAUGGGGCAGAUCCGUAUAU